AUUGACAGUCAUUAUAACAUUGCCUUCGGGUAAAUUCUCUACAUUUCGUAUUUUCUUGUGUGCUUAUACAAAAAAAACUCUAGAAAAAUGUCGACUCGUUGUCCAGAUCUACCAUUUUUACCAGGAUAUUCAUUUAAUCCAAACAUUGGAAGGACGAAUUUCCGACUGACUCCCGUUCUAGGAUUCAUUGGAGAAGUAAAAGAUGGGAACCGAGGUCUUAUCGAAAAAGUCAGACCGAACAUGUUCGGACCGAUAUCCGACAAAUUUCCAUCGUUUUAUCCGCGUGGACAAACUAUCGAGCUUCCUGGUUAUAUUAUAUUUGAUAAGCAGACUCUGUGCUUUGAUGCAUUUUUCCAAGAGACUCUUCAAGAAGUCCGUGGUUCUCCAUUUCAAGUUAGAACCGUGAAAAUUUAUUAUUUCCUUGAAGAUGGUACAAUACAAGUCAUUGAGCCCAAAGUAGAAAAUAGUGGUGUGUCACAAGGCACGUUGAUCUCAAGACAAAGGAUCCGAUUCCCAGCUCCCAUGGACGAUAAUUUCUAUGAAAUGAUCGAUUUUAAUAUCGGUAGAGAAGUGGAGCUUUACGGCAGAGUCUUCAAGAUCACCAACUGUGAUAAAUUCACUAGAACUUUUCUGAAUCGUUGCGGUAUCUCAGUCAGCGACCCGAUUGUUAGUCCAGAAGAUCCUUAUUUGCAACUAAGAUCGCACGAUAGGGAUGCGUUUCAAUCCAAAAAACCGAACCGGAAUAGGAAUAGUUUGGGACAGUUUUUGGAAAACGAUAGAAAGGUGCUGCAUUUUAAAGCAUAUUGGGACGAUCAGAAUACCGAAUACGGUUACUUGCACUUUUUGGAACUUCGUUAUUAUUUAGCUGACGAUACAAUUGAAAUAAAAGAGCUGCAAUCUGAAACGGGCGGCGAACAUGGUUUCAUGUUUUUACGAAGAGGUAAACUUCCUAAAAGGUACAGAGAAUUACCUGCUGUAGGCAGCAAUGCAAAUUAUACAGUAUUAAACGUUCUUGGCUCAGCAUUGAGUGCCAGGAGAUAUCUUGUAGAUCCUUUGGAUUGUGGCAGGGAGAAAAUUGAGUAUUACCAUGAAAAAGAUUUAACUAUCGGGGGCUUAAUAAACUGUUAUGGUCGUAAACUGGUCUUAACCGAUGCUGACGCAUUUACCCGAGAAUACUACGCAACCAAAUAUGGUAUAAGCGAGUUUGCUCCCAUAUCACCACCGGCAAGUAACCAAAAAACCGUAUACAUUGCGAGACCCAAGGAACGAGAGCUACCACCUUGGAAUGGUUUCGGUUCUUACGAAGACUCUGCUCAAAAUUGCAUUACAGUAGAGCCGAAAGCACCACUUAGGGACUUCAAGAAGUUUCUACUAUACGAUAGGAUCGGUCUAGACAGUCACAUACUGCGCUUCAAAGCAAAAAUGAUAUCAAAAGUUCCAGAAAAUUGUUCAAGAAAAUUCAUCAUCAGCUUCUACCUCACCGACGAUACUCUGGCCGUUUUUGAAAUCGGUCAAACCAACUCGGGAUUCACUACCUCAACAUUUUCCAAAAGAGCCUCAGUUCAAUUGGCAGGCCAGAAAAUAUUUGCAAGUAAACCGCCAUUGUGCUACACGCCGUUGCACAUGUUUAUUGGUGCUACGUUAAGCAUUAACGGGUUUACGUUUGUGCUGACUGACGCUGAUGAGUACGCUUUGAGGUAUAUGGAGAUUAAUUGUGGACAAUUUCCGAAAGCUAAUCUCAAGAAAAUUAUGCAGAAUGUUAGAGAGAAAUUGAGGCCGAUCUAUAAGGACUUUGUUGCGGAAAAUAUUCCCAAGGAGAAUGCUGUUAUGUCUUAUUCACAGUUACGAAACAAAUUAUGCAAAAUCAUGGGUGAAGAAUUCACUGAACACGAAAUGAUAACAAUUGCUAGAGCCUUCUCUGCAAGCUGUUACAAUCCCACAUAUGACCGAGCAAAAAUAAGGGCUAUUGCUUUAACUGAAUUAAAACGCUUUCUAUGGGACGACUUGGAUAGGCUUCGUGAAUAUUUUAUACACACCGACGAUUCAAAAACGGGCAAAUUAACCAAAAAGGAAUGUUACACUGUUCUGAAAGGAGCAAGAUUGCCGUUUGAUAAUGAAUUAGUUGAAAAAAUACUUGAUGUAAUUGAAAAAGAUGACGAAUGCAAAUUAUCCUACGAAGAUAUUUUGCAGUUUUUGGACAGGAACAUUUGUGCGCCUCCAGAUGAGCCUCCAAGUAAUAUAAAGAAUGAGUUAUGGUGGAGCUCAGAGCAACAACCCGAAGCUGGAAAACUAAUCGAUUGGUGCGAAUUCAACAAAUAUCUCGAUUUGGAGUCAACUUUUCGGGAACCUGUGGAACAUCAUUCCCAUUCAAUUGAGGCUGUAGAAAACUCAUAAUAAAUUUAUUUAAUGUACAUUUUUUUGAUUAUACAUUGAAGCUAACUAAAUAAUGCCUUUAUACAUGGAGAAAUCAACACUUUUGGUCUUUUCUGGCAGCUUUCAUAGGGUCCGCUUUUAUGAUACCAUCCAUUUCAGGUUUGCCUUUACUUCUCCAACCAGCUACAAACAUUCGUAGUCUUGCAAUAGCCUGUCCUGGC